UGACAACAGCCAGUUGGUGGUUUAUAGGUUAAGUAAAGUGAUUGCAGAGGUGUUUUGAAUGUUGCCCCUCCACUUAUUCUGUGUCUUUAUUAUAGGGAAUACUAGAUUGCUAACACAAGGGAACAGUCAUUUUUUUGAUCCAGGAUUGGCUGGCUCUUCUUGCCGUCCACAGUUCUCUUAGAGACAAUUUCCAGCUCCCCAAUUCAUAGGAUUAAUUUCUCUUUAUAUCUGCGAUAUAGUCAAUCUUGAGCCAAGGAAAACACCUCACCAUCAGCUACCAUGCAGCCUAUUGAAACCUUGUCUGUGUUUGAAGCUGCUCAGAAUACAGCUUUAAUGAAUGGACUUUGCCUUGUCACUGAAUCAACAGAAGAUAUCACUUCUGUGGCAAUUCCAGAAACCAAGGAACUCCAACAAGCUAAGUUAAUCCUAGAGGUAUCAGACCGGAUGUAUUGCUCUGUUUGCUCAAAGGCUUUUGAGAAUCGAGAUGAACAGAAAGAGCAUUAUCGGUUAGAUUGGCAUCGCUUCAACCUAAAACAGCGAUUGUUGGGACGUCAGAUGCUCACAGUUGAAGAAUUUGAAGCAAAGACUCAAGCAGAUGAUGUCUCCAGUAUCUCUGGUUCUGAUUCCAGUGACUGUGAGUCAAAUAGUGAAUCUGAAUCACAAUCUUGUCUGAAUGGUGAAAGAAAAGGAACCGGCUACUACAACCCACGCUCUCAACGCAUACUGUUCAAAAACUCUGAAGCCCAACUCAUUUCAGUCUUUCGCUGUGUGCUGCUAAACACCACAAAGGGCAAUUUUGAAGAGCCUGCAGAUCUAGUGGCUUCCCUUCAGAGGCAGAAUCCCAGAAUCUCCUGGGUUAUCCUGAUGGCUGGUGGAGGUCACUUUGCUGGAGCUGUUUUUCGGGGGAAUGAGAUAUUGGCACACAAAACUUUUCAUCGAUACACUGUACGAGCUCGACGAGGUACAGCCCAAGGAAUGAGGGAUGCUCAAGGGACAAUGCCAAAAUCCGCUGGGGCGUCAAUACGGCGCUACAAUGAGGCUGCUCUCCUUAAAGAGAUUCAGGAGCUGCUAAUGAGCUGGACAAGUUAUUUAAAAGAAGCAGAGUGCAUCUUCCUUCGUGUUCCAUACAAUAACCAAGCUCUCUUGUUUAGCAGCAAACAUGGCCCUCUUCAGCGAGGUGACCCACGUAUCCGGCGUAUUCCUUUCAGCACCCGAAGAGCCACCUUCCGUGAGGUGGAACGGGUCCAUGGGACUUUAAGCAGUUUGCUGGUAUAUGGAAGUAAUACAACAGUGGCAGAUCUGACUAGUUCUCCUCGGAAGACCUGGAAAAAAGUAGUUCGUAAGGAUGAAGCAUUUACACAGCCUUCUGGCACUAGUGAGGAGGACGGCCAUUUUGAAGCUGAAGGAAUACAUUGUUAUUCCUAUUCUGUCACCCUUCCUGUCUCUGUAGCAACGAUAGAGGAAGAAGAAGUGGGGGAAGAAAAUCUGGAACUGGUGGAGGAGACACUAAAUUUAUUAGAUUUACGUGAAUUUGAGGUGACACCAAAACAGAAUCGCAAAAAGAGGAGAAGGAAACCCAAGACACUGCCAAAGUCUAACAUGGAUACUUCAGGAAGUGUUGAACACAAUACUUCAGUAUGUAGAGGACCAGCGUCAACUGAGAUCCAAGAACAGCAAGAGCCUCAAGAUGCUCCCAGCACAACUGUGCAAGAUGCUUUAUUUACAGCAUGUAAAAUGGGAGACAUGGGAGCCCUACAGCAUCUUCUGGGAAUGGCUGAUAAUACAACAGAUAACAGUGAGUGCAGUGAUAAAGUCACAAAACAGUUGCUCAACACACCCCUGGAUGAGAGUGGCUGGACUGUUUUGCAUGUGGCAGCAGCAGCAGGAAGAACUGCAGUUGUGCGGCUCUUGUUGGAGAGCGGGGCUGACCCUGCCAUCAGGGACAGAAAAGAACAGCCUCCAUACUGUGUGUCUACCAGCAAGCAAACCCGCAAUGAAUUCCGUAGAUUCAUGGGUGAACAGCCAGAGAGGUACGACUACACCCGGGCUCAGGUGCCUGGCCCCCUAACUGCAGAAAUGGAAGCCAGACAGGCAGAACGCCGACGAGCACAGAAAGCCCUACGGAAGCAACGAGAACGAGAAGACCGUGAAGCACAAUUACUUCUGGAGCAAGAACAGGAAGAGAAAAGGCGGUUUGCCCUGCUCAGUGAUCGUGAGAAGCGUGCUCUGAUGGCUGAGAGGAGAUUUGCUUCCCAAUUAAAAGACUCUGGUGCAUCUUUGACCAAUACCAGGCGCUGCUGGUUUUGUGGGGAAUCCCUUUUGGGUUGCAUUCCUUUCCAUUAUCUUGACUUCUCCUUCUGCUCCACAAAUUGUCUCCAAGCCCAUCGUCGAGGGAAAACUCCCCCAUCUUAGCUGGAGGUUUUGCUUUGGCGUCAAGAGACUGUGCUACAACAGAAAUCCAACCCCAGGACUGUUGUCACUUUAGAAUGGUGAGAGAUUAAGCACAGCAGGAAAGUCAUAAGUUCAUAAGAACUUAUGGUUCAUAAGAAAUUAAUAUGGACUGCUGUUAUUUGAGAAAUGAACUUCUUUUGUAAGAAUGUAGGUUUUUCAAUUUUAAACUUAGGUUAUUUAGUUAAAAAGAGCAACCUCUCUCCCCAGAUAUGUUGGGCCUGCCCCACUGGAAUUAACUGCUGACUGGGAGUUCUACAAGUUAAGAAUUGUAAUACAUCUUUGCUGUGCUGGUUACAGAAGUCUACUGUAUAUUAAGGAAUAACUGAACGAAGAUCAUAGAUAACAAAAAUGGAAGAAUCCUUGAGCACUGUUUUUUUGACCUAAUGCUAUUUGAUUGUCUCUUAGCUAGUACUUUCACAAGUAGCAAUAGAUGUCUUAAGAAUCGAGACAGACCCUUGAUCUACUUAAUAUAAAGCACAAAGAACUUUAUAUCUGUUCCUGAUGUUUAAAGGUGCCUUAUCCCCAAGUAUGUCAUGUGAUUGCCUGGUUCAUCCUAUUUUCACUGAACUUUGCCAGUUUCCAAUUGCAACUCUAUCUUUGAUACAAAUGCAGUGCCAAGAAUGCAUUACAAUACUAUGCCAGAUACCUGCAUAUUUAAUUUGGUGAGGAGCAUGAUUCAUCCUGAGCACUUAAAUAGCAUCAACUUCAACUAAUACUCCAGUGAAAGACUUGCUGUCUAAAUAACUGUAGUUUACUUGGUUUGUUCAUUAGAGCUUACGCUACAGUCCAAUACUUUAUUCAUUUGAUUCUUACAAGACAGUGAUUUCAAAUACUUUUGCCAUGGGUCUCAGCAAUGUCAUAAUUGGAUAGCAUUUCCAGUUAUUUCAUGUCCUUUAGAGAGAAGCUAGAAGUGCCGUUGAGAACG